AUGCCGACAAAGCCCAACGGUUGCGGCUAUCAUAAUCCCUAUGGCGUUACACUGGAUAUGCCCAAUGGGGAAAGCGAAGCCACAACCAGUAUUGGCGAGUUUCCCUGGGUAGUGGCCAUUUUGGAUUAUGCAAGGCGGACUGAAAAAAUCUAUGGCGGAACCCUAAUAGCGCCCAAUGUGGUUUUAACUGCAGCCCAUUCCUUGAGAGGGAAGGCAGCUGAAGAUCUGCGGGUCAUUGCUGGGGAAUGGGAUCCCCAAAGGACAACUGAAGCGUAUCCAAAUCAGACAAUUUUGGUCAAGGAAAUUAUAAUUCACGAAAGCUAUAGCGUAUCCGCCCCUUUCUAUAAUAUAGCCUUGCUUCUCUUACAAAAUCAUUUCAGACUCGAUGUACACAUUAAUCCCAUAUGUUUGCCAGACACACAAGUUCGAUUCGAUUUUGAAAACUGCUAUGCGGCCGGAUGGCAGAAAGGUGCAUUUUUUGCGGAUAAUACCAAUUCGCCAGCUAUGCUGCAGAAAGAGAAAUUGUCUGUAAUUCCGCACACGGAUUGUCAGAAUACGCUGCGCAAGAGGACGAGCGAGUAUUUCGAACUACACCAUCAUUUUAUUUGUGCGGGGGGUGGGGAGAAAUAUGUAAAUGCUUGCGUAGGCAAUGCUGGUACAGCCCUUAUGUGUCCCAUUAAAAAUUCGCCAAAUCGUUACUAUAUAGCUGGCAUCGACUCCUGGAAUUUGGGCUGUAACAAGGAGAAUACGCCAGAGGUUUUUGUCAGUGUGACCAAGCUCAGACUUUGGAUUGCCUGGAAACUGAAUAAUCACGCAAAAAGGGAGAUCGUUAGCGAGAAGGAGGUUAAGGAAAUCACAUCUGAUCGACAUUGGUGA